UAUACUAGCCCGGCAUCCCCAAAUCGCCCACCGGCCCGGAGAAGAGAAGAGAAGAGAAGAGAAGGCGAGAGUGGAUCUAGGGUUAGGGUUCCUCUGGCUCUUCUCUACCAGAGCGGCGAUGGAGUUCACGCGGAAGGAGCAGUUUGAUGCGUACGUCGAUUUGAUACUGGCGGUCAGGCAGGAGGGGACGACGAAGGCAGCGGAGGAGGCGGAGAGGAGGAAGACAGCCCAGGCCCCCAAAAACAAGAAGAAGAGCGCGCGGAAGGCGGCUGCUCUGGAGUGGGCGAGGAAGAGUUUGGAAGCAGAGAGGGCCAAGGACAGGAGCGUCUUCAAGCCCAAGACGAUGACCGAGGAGGACGUCGCGGCGGCGGCCGUGUACAGAGCCAAAGGGGAGGAGGCGCACAGGAACCAGGACCGGAAGGGGGAGCUGGACGCCGUCAUCAAGUGGAUCGCCACGGGAGACCCCGAGGCAAUCAGGAUCUCGAACCAGUGGGUCGAGGAAAACAUGGAGGCCAUGAAGCUGCAGGCGCUCGAUCCCACCGACUACUGGGAGGCCGUCGAUGCCAGGAGGCACCGGGAAUCCGGCGAAUCUCUGUGGGUCGACUCCUUCGGUCCCUCACCCACCCAGCCCAUGUGUUACACGGACGACAAGCCUCCGCGUGGUCCCGCCUACCCCAUGCGAACUCUGCAGGUCUUUUCGGUCAGGGUUGGAGCCAUCACAGGUGGGUUGGACUGGCCUCUCGAUGUCUAUGGUAUCAUUGCCGCACGCGACUCAUUUGAUGACAAUCACAACAUCAUCUUCAACCGCUCCAGGCAUAACUGCCAAACCAUUGACAGGAAGAAUCCAUGUCUGAGACUGACAGGUCCUACCCGCGCUGUUGUUGUUGUGGAUCCUGCGUCCUUUGAUGUUAACUUGCGAGUUAAGGGCAGAACUGAAUCAGAGGAUAGAGAAUUGAGUAAUCUAGUUUUUUAUUAUCAUGAUUCUGGUUCUAGUGAAUCAUAUGCCAUUAAACGUGUCAGCACCAGCAAGCUUAGCACAGUGGCAUUGAUGCUGGGUGAUAUUGUUAAUUCAGUGGAGGCCACCAUCAGUGUGAGAGUUGUUGGUGGGGAAUGGCCAGAAGGUUUUCAAGGUCUAAUUUCUGCCAAUACGGCCAGUAUUGAUGCCAAGAAAAUUGAGUUGCUUGCGUUCGGAGAUAAGUUGCCUCUUGCAGCUGAUGGCAUCAUACAGCUUUCACGAAAUGUUGUAUCUGUUGAAGCUAAUGGAGAGUUGAUAGUCUCCGUCAUGGCAAGUAGCUUGGAGGAUCAAACUGUUGAGAGAGAUUCAGAAGCAUUCAGAGCCAAGAAAACCUCCAGGAGCAUGCGUAUGCUUGAAGUUCACCGUUGUAAGUUUGAAGUCACUGUCACAUGGUCUCUUGUCCAGAACCUACCUCAUUUCCACAAACUUACAAAUGAUGUCUGAGUUCAGUUGCUGUAUGGUUGUUAUUGGUUUAUGUCAAGUGAUAGUUGGAUGUUGGUAUCUUGGUUAAAUUUGUCUUGACUAGUAUGCAAUGUACGCAAGUUAAGAUAUACUGUACUUGACUAUGUAAGUAAUGUGGAAAACUUGAGGGAUAUAUAUUUGACUCAAGUAACGAGGGCAAGCUAUUAGAUUUAAUUUAGUAUUUUCUUGUGUA